UAACUCCAACCAUAGGCUCGUUUCUCUCUGUUUUCAAAUGGCAAACAUUGUCUCCUAUGCUCCCAUUACACCACGCCUCACUGCUCAGCACCACCACCUCAAUUUCCAGCCAAAUCAGGGUUACAGGAUCUGCAGAAUUCAUUGCAGUGGAGGAAACUCGACAAGCAAUUCGACAUCCAAUAAAGAAUCUCAACCUGAAAAUGCAAAUGUAGUGCUCAAGGUUGCUUGGUAUGCCUCUGAAUUUUUGGGCAUUGCUACUUCAUUUUUCAACCCACCAUCCAAAGUUGAAGCUCCUGAAACUGCUCUUGAGCUUGCAAGAGAUGGGUCUGGAGCCGUUGAUCGUGCCACUGUAGUAAAAUCAAUCGAAGAUGACUUUGAAAGAUCUUACUUUGUCACAGGGAACCUUACACUUGAUGCGUAUGAAGAAGAUUGUGAAUUUGCUGAUCCUGCAAGUUCUUUCAGAGGGCUUCAACGUUUCAAAAGGAACUGUACCAAUUUUGGCUCCCUUUUAACGAAGUCAAAUAUGAAGCUUAUGAAGUGGGAAGAUUUUGAGGAUAAAGGAAUUGGUCACUGGAGAUUCAGUUGUAUCUUGUCAUUCCCUUGGAGGCCUAUUCUAUCUGCAAGUGGAUACACUGAAUACUACUUUGAUGAACAGUCAGGGAAAGUGUCCAGGCAUGUAGAGCACUGGAAUGUUCCCAAAAUGGUUUUACUGAAGCAGAUUCUGAAGCCAAGCAGGGGAUGGCUUAAGAAAACCGGUGGUUGAAGAUGCUGUUUCUGGAAAAGGAGGGUCAGAGUAACAAGCUAUAUGCCAAC